AAGUUUACAGAAUAUGGCGGAUGCAGUGAAAACUGUUUCACUAUUACAUUCAUAAGGACAUGAAUGAUAUUGCUAACCCUGGGGCUAAAAGGCUUUGGAAACCAGACGUAUAUUAUUUUUAGAGACUGCAACAAAUCGAUCAUUGUCAAGGAUGUCUAUUAUUGAAGAAGUUCCAGGAGUGAACAAUGCCGUUCAAAAACUCCAGGAGCUGGGUGGACGGAUGCGUUCUGAUGAUUUUGGAUUCAAAGAAAAUGAUAUCAGCAAUCUGGACAAAAUCAUUGAAGCACUCAAUGAGCUGGAAAAGGAAAGGAAGAUAAUGCGGGAAAAGCUGGAAACAGAAACUAUCAAAGCUAGUGUUUUGAGGCAUGACUUAAAAGUUCUUCCAGGGAUCAUAAGGGAGGAAAUCAUGGUUGCUGUAAACGCUGCCCGACAGUCCAACACAGAUGCCCUUGAGGACCUACAAGCAGAACUGGACAAAAUGAAUAACAACAUGGCUGAGCUGGAAACAAAGGCGAGGGAGCUAGAACGGGAAAAUGCAGUUCUUCACCCUGAGAGAGAACUGCUUCGACAACAACAUGAAGAAAUAAUUUCCCAGCUGAACCAGAAAAUGGCAGACAAAGCCACACUGCCACUGAAUGACAGAAGUAUGCAAAUUGCCCUGAAUGAGACCCGCGAUAAAGUCAGGCAGGCGAAUCAAGAUAUUGUGGAUCUGGAAGAUGGCAUCUUACAGUUGAAGGAAGAUCUUAUUCAAGAGAGGACUGAAGCCAGGCACGAGAAAAAAAGAUUAAAGAAAGCAGUGACGGACACUCAAACAAAGACUAAGGAACAGAAAGAACAGAAUGUAGAGAAAAAACGGGAACUGGACACCCAUCAAGAAAGACUCGUGGACAGUGAGAGCAGGCUGGAUUCUAUAAGAAAGAGUGUCCGUCGUUAUGAAACGUCAAAGAACAAGUUGGAAGCUGAUGAGAGGGCCCUCAGUGCUCAGCUUUCUAAACAGCUCAAGCUGAAUGAAGCUCUGAGGAGAAGAGGUGCUGAUAUUGUGAAUGAGAACCUGAAGGAACAACAGGAAUUUGAAACAAUGCAAAGACAAUUGAAUAACAAGGUCAAACAAUAUGAAGUGGACAUUGUGAAAGAAACAGAAAGAAGCUCUCGACUGGACCAAAAAAGAAUACAGCUGCAUUGUGAUCUUAAGGACAAGGAAAGGCUGCAAGAGGAAGAUGCUUUGUAUGUGCAAGAAUUAGAUGAACAGUUGCAGUCAGUCAAGCGUAAUCUGACAGAAAAGGCAGAAGAUGUUGGUCGUAUGCAGACAGAAAAUGUGGAGAUGACAGAGGAGAUUGAAGCUCUCUCUGAAUCUCACAAGGCCGUGCUGGCACAGCUCAACAAGCAGAUAGAGGAGUACAGGGAACAGUUGUCUAAAGAGAGAAAGGAAAGAUUAGAGUUACAAGAAGUGAAAGAUGAAAUUGGGAAGUCACUCGACGACAUCAAGACCUCUCAACAACAGUUCAUCUCCAAUAUCUCCGAAGGAAUUCAAGACGGCAAAAAGAAGCAUGUGCAAUUAUCCAAUGAGGGAGUUCAACUUCAGAAGGACAUCAGAGAGGACGAGGCUGUGAUAGACAAGCUGGACCAAGACCUGCAAGGCGUGCAGGAGAAGUAUGAACAGAUGUUCUCAGCCAUGCAGACCAAAGUGGACAACAUAGAGGGUGGCAUCCUGUUUAUGGAGAAAGAUAUUAUCACUAAGAAGGCAACUAUCGCAGAGAGGACCCCAAUUUUUGAAGAGCUUGAAGUUUUCUUCAACAAGAGAUCAGAGGAAUAUGAUACCAUGAAAAAGUCGAUUGUGGCUCUCAAAAACAAGAAGAUGGGACUCGAAGAUGCCAUAAAGAGAGCCAAAAAAGAACGUGAUGGACUGAAAGCUCCUCAGGAAACGCUGAAAUCAGACCUGAAGAGCCACAGGGGCCAAGUGAUGAGGCAACUCAAGAAGCAAGGGACUGACACUCAGAAGAUUGAACAGGAAAUCUUUCUGGCCGGCUGCCAGCUCCGCUUGGUCAUGGAGGAGAAUCAGAAGUUUGAAGAUGCUUGCAAAAAAGUGGAGGAUGACCUGGCAGAUUUGGAGACACAGAGAAUGGAAAAUGAAAAGAUCAAAAUGAUGGCACAAGGCGAUCUUCAGAGACAGAAAAGUGAACUGACAAGGAAAUGGCAAGCUGAUAAUAUGAUGCAGGAGUUCUUUGCAUCUCGAGAUGAAGCCACAGCAGAAGCAUUUGGGAGAUUGUUGGACAAGACGGAAAAGAGAGAAACGAAGAUUGAUGAGAUUACAGGAAAAUUGCGAGGAGAGCUGGAAGUUCUGUCUGAAUUUUUGGAUAAUUUGUCUACUCGCCGGCCAGAAGUAUCCGAGUCGGCAAGAAGCAAAAAACGCCCAGGCAGCUUGCACUCGGCCAUUGGCACAGUAGCAAACGCCAACAAACAUUCGUCUCUCCCCGACUCCUCCAGCAGACUGGCGUCAAGGAUGUCCCAGGCAAAAUCACUAGAUCCAAGACUGAGCCCUGAUACUGUCAGAACACCGAAAAGUUUGAGAUUUGAUUUGAAAUCUGAAGCUGGUUCCGUGGUGUCUAAAAAAAGCAGGACAACAAGAUCCCCUCUACAGAAGUUUGUACCCCCUGCCAGUACGACUCUCGAAGCCACUCCCAGAUCACAGGGAGGCAAGUCACCCAACUAACAAGGAACUGCUCGCGCCACAGAUAUUUAGGUUUUUAACGUACUUGGGGAAAAUCACCACUUCUGAUUUUUAGCAAAAUUUAAUCCUGGUUCUUAUUUAGACUGAUUGCAGCGUUCCAUCUUCCAUGAAAAGAAGACACUGAUUUCAUCCUAAAAUAUCCCUUUAAUCAGUGUGAAUUUAUCAUUGCAAUGUUACUUGCACUUUGGUACAUAAUGAUAUGUAUGGACCAGCCAGGCACUUAUAUCUUUUGUGACUUGACAAGACACCGAGUCGAAAUGUAUACAGACGACUCGUAUUCUCACAAACAUGCACGCCAAAAUUAUGUUUACAUGGGAGGCUGCGAGGUUUAUUAACCUGUGAAUGGAUGCUAUUUCAGUUUUAAUUUGAAUUUGACUACAGGGCAGGACACAGUAAUGGUCAUACAGUGCUAAGAAAAAAGCAAGACCGAUAGACAGAACAAAAGGGGUAGAGUAUGGAAGUGGGACCUUUAUUAUUCUACUUCAUACUUAAUGGUCUCAGGUGAAAUUGGCAUGUUAAAUUUAAGAAACGUCUCUUUUUCUAAAGAAGAUUUCUAAUUGAAAGACAUUUAUAAGGCAGAAUCAUUUAAUUACAUUAGAUGCAGUUUCUUCUCACAAACUGCCCUGUGGAUAAACUGAUAGAAACCACACUUGAUGUUGUAAAUAAAGAUCUAUUCUCACUUUUAUUUUUAUCUUCUAAUGCCAUGUGAAGAGAAUAAAAGCUGGUCUGCUCGUUGGCUGAA